AUGGCAGACAAGGAUAGCGUGGAGAAAUACCUGGAGAACAACCCGCAGUUCGCCAAAGAAUACUUUGAUAAGAAGUUGCGCGCCGAAGCCCUGUCCGCCGCCUUCUCUGCUCCUCUGGACAUCAAAGACACCGCUUCCUUCAAGGAUCUUAAUUCUGUGCAAGAGUCCGGCCUCAUCUUCGAGUUGGUCCAGGAGAUGCAGAAACAGGCAGUCCCGAUGGAGCAAUCCCUCCACAAAGUGUUGCAGAGAGUCGCCCUGAUAUUGCAGGCCGACAGGGUCAGCUUUUACUCGUGCCGGUCCAGAAAUGGAAUCCCCGAGCUCGCCACUUGCCUCUUUGACGUGAACCCGACGUCCAAGUACGAGACAAACCUGGUCAAUCCGCAGGGGGAAAUUGUGUUCCCUCUGGAGAUGGGUAUCGUCGGACACACCGCGCACUGCAAAAAGCCUCAAAAUGUUCCCGACGUCUCAGCGAAUAAAAAGUUCUGUGACUUUGUGGACAAACAGACCGGAUACAAGACAAAAUGCAUGCUCACUUUCCCUCUGGUGGCUGACAAAGAGUGCCUUGGCGUCGUCAUGGCACUAAACAAAAUAGGAGCUGAUACGUUCUCUGCAGAGGAUGAGACGCUCUUCCACAAGUACAUGAACUUUGCUCAAGUCAUCGCCCUGCAGCAUUACACAGCCUACAUGUUCAACGUGGAGUCCAGAAGGAGUCAGGUGCUUCUGUGGUCGGCCAGUAAAGUGUUUGAGGAGUUGACAGACAUUGAGAGACAGUUCCACAAAGCGCUCUACACUGUAAGGACCUAUUUACAAUGCGAACGAUACUCAGUGGGUCUGUUGGACAUGACCAAAGAGAAGGAAUUCUAUGAUGAAUGGCCUGUGAAACUGGGAGAUGUGGAACCCUAUAAAGGACCAAAAACACCAGACGGCAGGGAAGUCAUCUUUUACAAGAUUAUUGACUACCUCCUGGAAGCGAAAGAAGAAAUUAAAGUCAUACCGGGUCCACCUGCAGAUCACUGGGCUCUAGUUAGCGGGCUACCCACCUAUGUGGCAGAGAACGGCUUUAUUUGCAACAUGAUGAACGUGGCUUCAGAUGAUUUCUUCACUUUCCAGAAAGAGGCUGUGGAUGACACAGGUUUUGUCAUCAAGAACGUCUUGUCGCUGCCCAUCGUCAACAAGAAGGAAGAAAUAGUGGGUAUCGCCACUUUCUUCAACAGGAAAGAUGGCAAGCCGUUUGAUGAGCACGAUGAGCAGAUCACUGAGGCCCUGACACAGUUCUUGGGUUGGUCGGUGCUGAACUGUGACACCUACGACAGGCUGAACCGCAUGGAGUACAGGAAAGACAUCGCCCAGGAGAUGCUCAUGUACCAGACCAAAUGCACCACUGCUGAGAUGCAGUCCAUUCUGAACACCAAAGAGAAAUUUGACGCUGACCCUGAAGACUGCGAGCAGAAAGACAUGUACAAACUAUUGAAAGCAACAUGCCCGCCAGCGGACAAUGUCAAUGGAGAGAAUCUGUACCUGUUCUCCUUCAGCGACUUCCCCGUCACAGAGCACGACCUCAUUAAAUGCGGGAUUCGCAUGUUCUUUGAACUGGGAGUCGUUGAAAAGUUUAAAGUUCCGGCAGAGACUCUGACCAGGUGGAUGUACACAGUGAGGAAGGGUUACCGUGCCAUCACCUACCACAACUGGAGGCACGGCUUCAACGUGGGCCACACCAUGUUCUGCCUGCUGCAGACAGGAAGGCUGAGGAAGUACUAUUCUGAUCUAGAUGCCUUCGCCAUGGUGGCCGCCGCUUUCUGCCACGAUAUCGACCACAGAGGAACCAACAACCUCUACCAGACAAAGAGUGCACAUCCUCUGGCUAAACUUCAUGGCUCCUCCAUUAUGGAGAGGCACCAUUUGGAGUACAGUAAGACGCUCAUGGGAGAGGAGAGCCUCAACAUCUUCUGCAACCUGCAGAAGCGUCAGUUUGAGAACGUGCAGCAUCUGUUUGAUGUCUGCAUCAUCGCCACCGAUCUGGCCCUUUACUUCAAAAAGAGAACCAUGUUCCAGAACAUCGUGAAUGCCACAGAGCCAAUGGCGGAUGAAAAGGAGGCCAUUGCUCACAUUUCCAACAACCCAACAAGGAAGGAAAUUGUCAUGGCCAUGAUGAUGACAGGUUGUGACUUGUCAGCUAUCACCAAACCCUGGGAGGUUCAGAGCAAGGUGGCUCUGAUGGUCGCUGCUGAAUUCUGGGAACAAGGAGACUUGGAGCGAAGUGUUUUGGACCAACAACCAAUUCCAAUGAUGGACAGAAACUGUGCCGAACAGCUACCCAAGAUGCAGUGUGGAUUCAUUGACUUUGUGUGCUCGUUUGUAUACAAGGAGUUCUCGAGGUUCCACAAGGAGAUCACACCCAUGUUCGACGGCCUGAACAACAACCGGGCACAGUGGAACGCGCAGGCCGAGGUGUACAAUGCAAAGAUGAAGGCCAUUGAGGAUGAGAAGAAGAAACUAGAGGAAGAGGAAGCUAGAAAAGGUACAUAG